GGGAGGACGCUUCGCUUUCACGACUAACUUUUGAAUAGGUUCUUUAUAUUGUAAACGAUCUGACUUGUUUUUAAAUAUGGUUAUUUACUAACUAUUUCAACUUACUUAAGUAGCCUUGUGUUAGUGUAAACAUGAAUACGCGCGAGUAUCGGGAGAAGUUGAUAGAUGAAGUGAAGAAGUACCCCGUGCUGUACGACACGCGGCAUGAAAACCAUCGCGAUAUCGACGUGAGAGACCGCUGCUGGUUGGAAAUCUCCGAGCGGCUGGGCGCUAAUUGUGAAAUCCUAAAGCGCGAGUGGAAGAUCCUGCGCGACUCGCUGCGGCAGUCGCUCAAGAAGUGCAACAAAGGAGCCACCACCAAGGCCGGCGUGCCCUGCAAGAAGUGGCGCUUCCAGAACCGCAUGGCCUUCGUGCUGCCCUACAUGACCAAGCGACGGAAUCCGCGCCAACUGCGAGACGACAUCAAAGUAGACGAAACCGAGGUCCAGUCAGAGCAGGAACAAGACUCAGAAGCCCUGGCGGAGUGGGAUCCCGGCAACAGCGACAACGAUGCCUUAGAUCUAUUCUUCGCGAGCGUCUGCCAGAGCACCAAGCGCCUGCCCAAGAAGUACCAGAGCCAGAUUAAGAGGGAGGUGUUGGACACCUUGCUGAGGAUAGAAGAACAACAUGAGACCGACGCGAGGGAGACCAAGAUAGCCGUUGCCAAAAUGUUUUAAUUCGUGUGGCAUUUAGUGUUUAUGAUAUUCUAAAGACUAUAGUUUGACUUCAGUAAUCCGAGAAUGACCAACUUCUUCUCAAUGUGCCAAUUUUUUCUACAAAAUGUUUGAUGUGGUCAUGCCGACAAACAAUUGACUGGUUAGAAGAGAUACUUAAAUAGUGCGUAAGAAAAAUAGGUUAAAAAAAUUAAUUGAUAUCCGCAUCCUUACUCUUGACUACUAGUUAGUCCCAGUGUACGAUAGUGUUAAGAUUGCUUAAUCACUAUUGUUCUGACUUACUACUUGCUCAUGUUCGUGACGGAGUUACGUUUCACAUACUUCCUUUAUAAUAUGAAACAUUUCAAUUGAAUUCAGAUAUGACGAAGAUUUAUAGAUAUAGCGGACGAGAUUCCUCAAAAGGCAUUAGUUAUACACUCCUUCUCAUUGCACAGUAAACGUUUAAGCAUGAGCACUAUAUAUAUAACAAGUAACAAAUAUAUCAGAAUGAACCUGGUUAUUCUUUUUUAUUCCAAUUAUUGGAGCUUUGAGGGAAAUCAAACACCAUUAUUCCGAUAAUUGCCAGGACAGGAAAAACAUCUCUUAAAGCCAUCCAUUGCCCAUAGAUAGAUUGCUAACUUUCUAUAAGCGCUAUCCUCAGUUAGAUCCUCAGCUUGUAAUUCUAUAAGUCAAGCCCGUGACAUCACUUUUGACAUCUUUUCAUACAAGAACUGAAGUCACAAAUGCGUACAGUGAUGAGUUUAAUAGGAGUUCAAGUCUAACACAAAUCAGAGUCAUUGUAAGAAAUAUUUGUUAUCAAGAUCUUUAUAUUUGAAUAGCACUCGAAUUUUAAGAGAUUUAGCCUCUCAAGUUGCUUACCAUCAUGCUACUAAAGAUUCUCAACAGAAUAACACUACCUUAAUCUGACCCGACCUGGGAAUCGUGUGAUCCAUAGUCGUACUAAUAUUAACUACUAGACCAACUGUA